ACAGAGAGCCCCGCCCGCCGGCCGGGGAAGGCGGGGUGCGCAGGGCAGGCGCUCGCGGGGUGGGGGCGGUCCUUGUGCGCGGCCCCCGCCCCCGCCCCCGCGUCUCCGCCCCGCAGCCCGCCGCCCAGCCGCACCCCGGUGUGCGACCCCCGAACCCCCAGUCUGCGGGCGCGGGGAGCCGGCUCCGCAGUGCGGCGGGAAGGGCGGACACCCCACUCCCCAAGCCUCGCUCUUGGGAGGGCGUCUCCCCGGCUUUGUCUGAGGCGCCCCGGCACCAUGCUGACCCCCAAGGAGAAGAAUAAGACCCCCAAGGACAGCAUGACGCUGCUGCCUUGCUUCUACUUCGUGGAGCUGCCCAUCGUGGCGUCCUCCAUCGUGUCUCUGUACUUCCUGGAGCUGACGGACCUCUUCAAGCCGGCCAAGGUGGGCUUCCAGUGCUACGACCGCGCGCUGUCCAUGCCCUACGUGGAGACCAGCGAGGAGCUCAUCCCGCUGCUCAUGCUGCUCAGCCUGGCCUUUGCCGCACCCGCCGCCUCGAUCAUGGUGGGCGAGGGCGUGCUGUACUGCCUGCAAUCCCGGUUGUGGGGCCGAGGCGGGGGGCCGGGCGGCACGGAGGGCAGCAUCAACGCCGGCGGCUGCAGCUUCAACGCCUUCCUGAGGCGCACCGUGCGCUUCGUGGGCGUGCACGUGUUUGGCCUGUGUGCCACGGCGCUGGUCACCGAUGUCAUCCAGCUGGCCACGGGCUACCACGCGCCAUUCUUCCUGACCGUGUGCAAACCCAACUACACGCUGCUGGGCACCUCGUGUGAGGCCAACCCCUACAUCACGCAGGACAUCUGUUCAGGCCCCGAUGCCCACGCCAUCCUGUCUGCACGGAAGACCUUUCCGUCCCAGCACGCCACGUUGUCCGCCUUCGCCGCCGUCUACGUGUCGAUGUACUUCAACGCCAUCAUCUCUGAUUGCACGAAGCUGCUCAAGCCCAUCCUCGUGUUCGCCUUCGCCAUCGCGGCGGGCGUGUGCGGCCUCACGCAGAUCACCCAGUACCGCAGCCACGCGGUGGACGUGUACGCGGGCUUCCUCAUCGGCGCGGGCAUCGCCGCCUACCUGGCCUGCCAUGCCGUGGGCCACUUCCAGGCACCGCCCGCUGAGCGCCCCGUGGCCCCUGCGCCUGCCCCCGAUGCCCUGCGAGCCCUGACCCAGCGCGGGCAUGACUCGGUGUACCAGCAGCACAAAGCGGUGAGCACAGAUGAGCUGGGUCCCCCAGGGCGACUGGAGGGCGCCCCCCGGCCCACCGCCCGCGACAAGGGCGCCCUGGGCAGUCUGAAGCGUGCCAGCGUGGAUGCAGAUCUGCUGGCCCCGCGCAGCCCGCUGGGCAAGGACAUGGUGACCUUCAGCCACACGCUGCCCCGCGUCAGCGCACCCUCGCUGGACGACCCCGCCCGUCGCCACAUGACAGUGCCCGCACCCCUGGACGCCUCACGCUCCCGCCAGCUGGUCAGCGAGUGGAAGCAGAAGGCGCUGGACGGGCGGCCCGACGCCCCGCAGCCCAGCCCAGGCAGAGGCCCCACCGAGCCCAUGACUGAGGAGGAUGAGGAGGAGGACGAGGAGGAUGAGGAGGCCGAGGAGGCCGAAGCUGAGGGGGGCCCUGCGCCGCCAUCACUGUACCCCACCGUGCAGGCACGGCCAGGACUGGGCCCCCGGGUGCUGCUACCGCCACUGGGCCACAUCCCUGAGGAGGUGGCCGGUCUGUCCCCCAAGAGCAGCGCGGCCGUUCGUGCCAAGUGGCUGCUGCUGGCAGACAAGGGGGGUGCAGCUGUCCCGGCAGCCGCCCGCGCAGCGGGUGGCACCCCGCGCCUGCUGCAGGUCAUCGCCAUGUCCAAGGCGCCCGGCGACACGGCAUCCUCGUCCAGCGCCAGCUCCGACUCGUACCGCUCGCCGUCGGAACGCGACUCCGCCAGCAUCGUCACGGUGGACGCGCACGCCCCCCACCACCCGGUGGUGCACCUGUCGGCUGGUGCACCCUGGGAGUGGCGGGCAGCAGAGCCCGACUCAGCCUUCGAGCUGGGCGAGCUUGCGCGCACCUUCCGUGGGGGCCCCAGGCCGCGGGGCCUGUCCCCGGGGUCCUCGCUCAGCGACUUGGAGCAGGAUGAGCUGCGCGGGCCGGGCGCCGUGGCCACUGUCAACCUGGCCACGGGUGAAGGGCUGCCACCACCGGGAGCGGCUGAGCGCAAAGCUGGGGGAGGGCCGGGGUCCGAGGGGGAGGCGGAAGCGGAGGCUUACUUCCGCAAGAUGCAGGCGCGCAGAUUCAACGACUGAGGAGGGAAGAGGAUGUGGGGCCGGGGUCCCCAAUAAAGGCUGGGGCAACUGGGUCUGGGCUCUGCCUCCUGUCUGGCGUCUCCCCAAGGUUGUGGU